AUGACUUGGAAUCCCCUGGUUCACCUGAUCAAGCUUGUCCCCGCUUUUGCCAGGAACGGUGUGAACGUCGAAGGGGCGACCCACAAGCAGGUGGUGGACCUGAUCCGAGCGGGCGAGAAGGAGCUGAUCUUGACGGUCCUCUCGGUGCCGCCCCACGAGGCCGACAACCUCGACCCCAACGACGACUCCCUGGGCCAGUCCUUUUACGACUACACCGAGAAGCAGGCGGUGCCCAUCUCCAUCCCCACGUACAAGCAUGUGGAGCAGAAUGGUGAGAAGUUUGUGGUUUAUAAUGUUUACAUGGCAGGCCGGCAGCUUUGUUCGAAGCGGUAUCGCGAGUUUGCCAUCUUGCACCAGAACCUGAAGCGGGAAUUUGCCAACUUCACUUUCCCCCGCCUGCCGGGCAAAUGGCCGUUUUCGCUCUCUGAGCAGCAGCUGGACGCCAGGCGACGGGGCCUCGAGGAAUACCUGGAGAAAGUGUGUUCCAUCCGGGUCAUCGGGGAGAGCGACGUCAUGCAGGAGUUCCUGUCUGAGUCGGAUGAGAACUACAAUGGUGUCUCUGACGUGGAACUUCGAGUGGCUCUUCCAGACAUCACCACCGUAACUGUUCGGGUCAAGAAGAACAGCACCACGGACCAGGUGUAUCAGGCUGUGGCUGCCAAGGUUGGGAUGGACAGCACAACCGCAAACUACUUUGCCUUGUUUGAAGUGAUAAAUCACUCUUUUGUUCGGAAGCUGGCUCCCAACGAAUUUCCCCACAAGCUCUACGUGCAGAACUACACGUCCGCCGUGCCGGGGACCUGCCUGACGAUCCGGAAGUGGCUCUUCACUGCGGAAGAGGAAGUCCUUCUGAACGACAACGACCUGGCCGUCACCUAUUUCUUCCACCAGGCCGUUGAUGAUGUGAAGAAGGGAUACAUCAAAGCAGAGGAGAAGUCCUACCAGCUGCAGAAACUCUGCGAGCAAAGGAAAAUGGUCAUGUACCUUAACAUGUUGCGGACCUGCGAGGGUUACAAUGAGAUCAUCUUCCCGCACUGCUCCUGCGACUCACGCCGCAAAGGGCAUGUGAUCACAGCCAUCAGCAUCAAGCACUUUAAACUCCACGCCUGCACCGAGGAAGGCCAGCUGGAGAACCAGGUAAUAGCCUUUGAAUGGGAUGAGAUGCAGCGGUGGGACACGGAUGAGGAAGGCAUGGCCUUCUGCUUCGAAUACGCACGAGGGGAAAAGAAGCCACGAUGGGUUAAAAUCUUCACCCCUUACUUUAACUACAUGCACGAGUGUUUUGAGCGAGUUUUCUGCGAGCUCAAGUGGCGGAAAGAGGUGGAGGAAGAAGCAACAGACAAAGAUAACAAGAACUGCAGUAAAGACAACAUGUGCAGCAAGAACAUCUUUCAGAUGAUGCGGACACAGCACAGAGACAUUACAACUUAGCCCUGAGCCCACCUUGGACAAAUAUACGUGUUAUCCCUUCCUCGGCCCCACCCCACCCCAAAUUAACACUUUUAAAAACAGAAACAAAACAAAAAAAAAAUCAGAGAGAAAGAGAGAGAUAAUGGUUUAUUGUAUUAAAGCCCUUAAACUAAAUAUUAAUACCAUUUGUGAAUUUCAUGUUAAGCCAGUUGGGGGCAGGGAAGCCAGCAAAGGCGUUGGAAAUGAGGGAGUGGGGAAUCCAGAUUAUUAGCCAAUGAAAAUUGUUGUUUUCUAGUUUAUCCCCUUCCUGGGGUCUUGUUGUUCAGAGAUGGACUACGCUGCGGGAAUAUAUUUUUUUCUUUGUUCCCCCUUCUGUUUUUUUGUUUUGUUUUUACAACUGGAUAUGGAAAUGUACAUCCAUUUGCACUGUUUGGACAUAUAUAUGUAUGUAUGUAAAAAUUAUAUAUACAAACUAUCA